UUUUUUAGCUGAAUUUGUUAAUCAUAAAGCAAACCUCAACAAAUCAUAAUUUUUGGCCUUCCCCCGCUCCCCCCCUUCCAAUCAACACAAAUGUUUUCGGCCAACAAAUCUGCUUGCUAAGUUAAUGCUGCAUAUAUGACAGACCCACACGACAGCGACUUCGACAGCGACAGCGACUGAGAGACACAAUGAGCCGCCAACAUCAGCGGCACCAUCAAACGCAGCAGCAGCAACAGCUGCAGCAGCAACAACAGCAACAGCAACAACAGCUGACGGUGCAACAGCAGCAGCAGCAGCAGCUGCUGAUGGCCGAACAUGCGGCGGCUGCCGAGGCCGCGGAGCUGUUCGAUCUGCUCUGCGUGGCCACGACAAUGCGACAGAUCCUGGCCCUCCAUCGGACCAUGUGCGAGGCGGUGGGCCUGCGGCCGUCGCCCCUCAACGACUACUACCCGAAGCUGAAGGCCAAGGUGCGCUCGUGGAAGGCCGCGGCGCUGUGGAAGAAGUUUGACGCCCGGGCCGCCCAUCGGGUGUACGGCAAGGGCACGGCCUGCGCGGGCACCCGCGUCCUGGUGAUCGGGGCCGGACCGUGCGGCCUGCGGACGGCCAUCGAGGCGCAGCUGCUGGGCGCCAAGGUUGUGGUGCUGGAGAAGCGCGACCGGAUCAGCCGCAACAAUGUGCUGCACCUGUGGCCCUUCGUGAUCACGGAUCUGCGGAAUCUCGGGGCCAAGAAGUUCUACGGCAAGUUCUGUGCGGGGUCCAUCGACCACAUCUCCAUACGGCAGCUGCAGUGCAUGCUGCUGAAGGUGGCCCUGCUGCUGGGCGUCGAGAUCCACGAGGGCGUCAGCUUCGAGCACGCCCUGGAGCCCGGCGGCGAUGCCGGCGGCUGGCGGGCGGCCGUGACGCCCGCCGACCAUCCCGUGUCGCACUACGAGUUCGAUGUCCUGAUCGGGGCGGACGGCAAGCGCAACAUGCUCGACUUUCGGCGGAAGGAGUUUCGCGGCAAGCUGGCCAUCGCCAUCACGGCCAAUUUCGUCAACAAGAAGACGGAGGCGGAGGCCAAGGUGGAGGAGAUCAGCGGCGUGGCCUUCAUCUUCAACCAGGCCUUCUUCAAGGAGCUGUACGGCAAGACGGGCAUCGAUCUGGAGAACAUCGUCUACUACAAGGACGAGACGCACUACUUUGUGAUGACCGCCAAGAAGCACAGCCUGAUCGACAAGGGCGUCAUCAUCGAGGACAUGGCCGAUCCCGCCGAGCUGCUCGCCGGCCCCAACGUCGACACCCAGAAGCUGCACGACUAUGCCCGCGAGGCGGCCGAGUUCUCCACCCAAUACCAGAUGCCCAACCUGGAGUUUGCCGUCAAUCAUUACGGCAAACCGGACGUGGCCAUGUUCGACUUCACGUCGAUGUUCGCCGCCGAGAUGUCCUGCCGCGUCAUCGUCCGCAAGGGCUGCCGCCUGCUGCAGUGCCUGGUCGGCGACAGCCUCCUGGAGCCCUUCUGGCCCACCGGCUCGGGCUGUGCCCGCGGCUUCCUCUCCAGCAUGGACGCCGCCUAUGCCAUCAAGCUCUGGUCGAAUCCACAGAACAGCACCUUGGGGGUGCUGGCGCAGCGCGAGAGCAUCUACCGGCUGCUCAAUCAGACCACCCCGGACACGCUGCAGCGGGACAUUAGCGCCUACACCGUGGAUCCGGCCACUCGCUAUCCGAACCUCAAUCGGGAGUCGGUCAACAGUUGGCAGGUCAAGCAUCUGAUCGACACCGAUGACCCGUCGGUGCUGGAGCAGACCUUCAUGGACACACAGCAUGCCGGGCCGCAUGUGGAGACGCCUGGCAGGCGGAAGCGACGCAGCGGUGAUUCGAUGCCCCAGGGCGCUUCUCUGCUCCGAUGGAUCGCUGCCCAGCUGCAUUCGCAUCAAUUUGUGCCUGAGCUCAAGGAGCCAUCCGAUGUUCUACGCAAUGGCCGUGUCCUCUGCGGCCUAAUCAGUCGAUAUCGCCCCGAUCUAAUCGAAUUCGCUGUCACCAAGGACAUGAGUCCCUUGGAGUGCAACGAGCUGGCCUUUGCCGUCCUGGAGCGAGAGCUGGGCGUUAAGCGGAUCAUGAGUGCCAAGCAAUCGCUCGAGCUGACGGACAUCGAGUCUAGGAUCUGGCUCAACUAUCUGGAUCAGAUCUGUGAGCUGUUCCGCGGCGAGAUACCGCACAUCAAGCAUCCGAAGAUGGACUUUAGCGAUCUGCGGCAAAAGUACCGCAUCAAUCACACGCAUGCCCCGCCGGACUUCUCCAAGCUGCUGCAGAUGAAGCCCAAGGCCAAGUCGCCCAUGCAGGAUGCCGUCGAUGUGCCCACCACGGUCCAGCGACGCUCGGUGCUCGAGGAGGAGCGGGCCAAGCGGCAGCGGCGCCACGAACAGCUGUUGAACAGCGGCGGCGCAGGGACAGGCACUGCCGGAGCAGCCGGAGGAGGAGCUGCCGUCGGCGGCGCCACUGCAGGAGGAGGCAAUCUCCACCACGUGGGGCAAAAUGAUACGCCCCGUCGUUCGAAGAAGCGUCGCCAGACGUCCGACAAAACGGCCAAUAUUGAGGAGCGCCAGCAGCGCCUGCAAGACAUCGAAGAGAACCGACAGGAGCGGAUGAGCAAGCGACGGCAGCAGCGCUACCAUCAGACGCAGAACUUCUACAAGAGCCUGCAGCUGCUGCAGGCCGGCAAGCUGCUGAGGGAGGGCGAGGAUGGUGUCGCCGAGGACGGCAGCCCCUUCGAGGACUACUCGAUAUUCCUCUACAGGCAGCAGGCGCCCAUUUUCAAUGAUCGCGUCAAGGAUCUCGAACGGAAGCUACUGUUCCCCGAUCGCGAACGCGGGGACAUACCCUCGGCCCUGCCGCGCAGCGCUGCCGAUGAACAAUUCAGCGAUCGGAUCAAGAGCAUGGAGCAACGUAUGACGGGACGCGGCGGCCUGGGCGGCGACAAGAAGCCCAAGGAUCUGAUGCGGGCCAUCGGCAAGAUCGACUCGACCGACUGGAAUGUGCGCGAGAUCGAAAAGAAGAUCGAACUGUCCAAGAAGACGGAGAUCCACGGGCCCAAGGGCCGCGAGAAGGUGCCCAAGUGGAGCAAGGAGCAGUUCCAGGCCCGCCAGCACAAGAUGUCCAAGCCGCAGCGCCAGGACUCGCGCGAGGCCGAAAAGUUCAAGGAGAUCGAUCAGACAAUCAAGAACCUGGACAAACAGCUGAAGGAGGGCCACAAUCUGGACGUGGGCGAGCGGGGACGCAACAAGGUGGCCUCCAUAGCUGGCCAAUUCGUGCGCAAGGACGAUGCCAAUUCGGACGAGGCCACCACCACCGUCCUCCAGUCCAAUACAGUCAUACCCAAAUCUAGCUCUAAGGUGGCGCUGGCCUUCAAGAAGCAGGCCGCCUCGGAGAAGUGCCGCUUCUGCAAGCAGACCGUCUACCUCAUGGAGAAGACCACUGUGGAGGGUCUGGUGUUGCAUCGCAAUUGCCUCAAGUGCCAUCACUGCCACACGAAUCUGCGGCUGGGCGGCUAUGCCUUCGAUCGUGACGAUCCCCAGGGCCGGUUCUACUGCACCCAGCACUUCCGGCUGCCGCCCAAGCCACUGCCGCAGCGCAGCAACAAGGCCAGAAAAUCCGCUGCUGCUGCUGCUGUCCAGGCUGCUGCCUCGCCUGCGGCCCGAGCUGCUGCAACAGUGGAACGAAUGGACACCAACCAGGAGGAGAUGGAUCAGGCAGCGGCCAGGGACCAAGUGGACUUGCUGGAGACGACAAUCCCCGCGGAUGCCUUGUCCGACGACGAGGCCAAUGUGAUCGAUGAGCACGAGUGGUCGGGCCGCAAUUUCCUGCCCGAAUCGAACAACGAUUCACAGUCGGAGCUGUCCAGCUCGGACGAAUCGGACACGGAGUCCGAUUCGGAGAUAUUCGAGGAGGCGGACGACUCGCCAUUCGGGGCACAGACCCUCCAGCUGGCCUCCGACUGGAUUGGCAAGCAGUACUGCGGCGAAAGCGACGAUACGACGGACUCUUACGACUCCAGUGAUGGUAUUGCGGAUGAUGGCAAGGACGACACCGAGGGCGAGGACUUCAAGAAGGCCCGAGAGCUGCGACGCGAGGAGGUACGCCUGCAGCCGCUGCCCGCCAAUCUGCCCACGGACACGGAGACCGAGAAGCUUAAGCUUAGUGUUGAAAAUGAUAAGGAGAACGUGGAGAGGGGAUCCCUGCGUUCGGCCAACUCCUUCGAGUCGGCGCGCAGUCAACCGGCCACGCCCACGCGCGUGGAGAUGGAGCAGCUGGAGCGGAAUGCGCCGCGCAAGUUCAGCAGCGAGAUCGAGGCGAUAAGCGAGAAGCUCUACCACAUGACCAACAUGGUCAAAAUGAACAAGGAUCUCGAGCUGCUGGCCAAGGAGAACCUGGUCAAGAGCGACAUCCUGCGCAAGCUGACGCUCAAGGAGAAAUGGCUGGCCGAGAAUGCGGCCAUAGCCGCAGGAAUGGCCAAAGGCAGUGCUGCUCCAGCUGCUGCUCCUCCACCGAAGCCCAAGUCCAAGUUUGAGGAAAAAUACGAGAAGGUGCAGUCGCUGGGUGCUGACGAGGCGAAGCCCAAGCCCAAACCCGUCAUCGAUUUCAAUCUGGAUGAGCUGAGGCCACGGAAGCCGAACUUUGAGGAGCGGCCCAAGGAGCUGCUGCAGAAGCCCGCGGCGAAGGGCCUGAAGAGUCCCAGGGGCAGUGCCAAUGUAAGUCGCUCCAACAGCCUCAAGAGCAAUGCCAGCACGCAAGGCAGUCCUCGGGUAAAGAAGAAGGACGACACCCACGACAGUAAAAUGCACAUUGAGGGGAUUCUGGGAACGAUCAAGAAACUGCAGCGACAGCAGAGCAAAGACCAGAACCAGCUCCAAGACGACGAGGAUAUGGACGUGGAUGCGGACGCGGAAGAGCUGCAGGGAAGCAAAGAGCUGAACAGCAAGCUGAAGGAGAUCCAGGCCACCAGCUUUGCCGGCACAAUGGAUCACAUUCGAUCGCAGUUGACGAUGCCCACUGUGAGCGCCCAGGCAGAUCCGGCCUCGGUGGAUCUGUCCAAGUACUUUCCCAACCAGAAGCUGGAGAAGAGCGCCGCCCUCAACACGAACAAGAACCAGAAGACCCUCAAGGAUGUGGAUCUGGCCAAGUACUUUCCCAGCAGUCCGGCCCCGCAGCGCAGAACCGUCGAGACGGUGGCCGAUCGACUGAAGAAGUCGCAGACAGAGGCCUCGCUGGCCAAGAGCCAGACCCCGCCCAAACCGGUGGACGAGGCCAAGGAAAAGGAAAAGCCAGUGCCGCCCAAAAGGCAGGCCUCGCUGAACACUUUCAGCUUGCGGGAGCAUCAGAUGGACGGGGCCCUGGAUCUGACCAAGAAGAAGGCGACGCCCGUGAAGGUGGUCAAAGGCACAGCCACCGCUACAGCCACAGGGAAGGGCAAGAUCAAGAUUAUAAAGAAAAUUGUGCCCAAGGGAACGAAGGCCAAGAAGGCGGCUGCCGCCCAAGAGGCAGCCGCAGCCGCAGCCAAGGCCAAAGAGGUCGAGAAACAGCCGCCAAAGGACGAAGCCGAACGUAUUUUGGAUGAGAUAUUGGGCGAUGGGGAGGUACACUCGCCCAGCAGCGAAUACCAGCGGCUCUUCCAAGACGAAAAGUCGCCCAGCGAUCUGUCGGACAACAUUGAUCGCAUACUCGAGGAGUCGGGCCUGGACCUUGAGCUGGGACUGCCGCGUCGCAGCAGCAAGAAGCUGCUCAAGACCAAGUCCUUGGGCGAAGGCGACUUUGAGCUGAAGCCCGGCGCCAGGGGAGAGCUCUCUGGCGUGCAGAACAUCCUCAAGCGCUUCGAAUCGAUGAGUUCGGUGGCCUCGUCCACGCAGAACAGCGACGAGCAGGCGGCCGCCUUCAAGCUACGCCGCAUGGAGUCGAGCACCAGCAAUCUGAGCAGCCUGACCCGCUCCCGGGAGUCGCUCGCCUCCCUGGCCAGCGACUCGAUGAGCGAUCUGGAGCGGACCAUGGACUAUCUGCGCAACGAGUGGCGCAACGAGGCCACCAAUUUCCUGCAGAAGAAGCGGGACAAGUUCUAUGCCCAGAAGGAGGUCGAGCAGCAGCAGCAGCAGAAGCGAGCCGCCGAGGAGAAGGCCCUCGGUGAUCUGCCCGUGCAGUAUCGCGACUCCAAGCUGGCCAAGUUCUUUGGCCUGGGCUCCCGAAAGUCGCCCGAGAAGCGCAGGUCCCCCACCAAGAAGACGACGACCACAAAGAAGAAGUCGCCCAGCCCCAAGAAGUCCCCGAAGGUGGCCGCGAAAGCCAAUAGUUCGCUGGAGGAGCUGGCUAAGAUUGGGAGUGCACGGCAGGCCAAGCAACAGGCAGCCAAGAAGUCGUCGCAGAAAGCCAUGCCCCCGAAGGUCCCGCCGAAGCCGGCGACCCCUGUGCCGGACGAUUUUGAGGUGCUGGAUCUGCUGGAGAAGGCCACAGAGGCCAAGGAAAUGGUGGAACGCUCCAAGACAAAGAGUCCAACCGUCAAAGAGGAGCCCCAAGAGGUAUUCGUGGUACCCAUUGAGGACAUCAAGAAUCUGCCCAAGACGGGAUGCGACAAGUCCCUCAAUAGCUCGCGUCGCGGCUCUCAGUCGAGUCUGGUGUUGUCCCGACGCCAGUCAUUGGAUAUAUCCCUGACGGAGAAGCUACAUCAAGAUGCUUUGGAGGCACUUGCCAGCAUGGAAAAGGAACAGGAGCAGACCCAGGAGGUCCAGCACUUUGAGGAACUCUUCCAGGACAUGAGCUCGGAGGCGGAUCCCAACGAUGAGGACCUGGAUGCCGAUUCCCUGUGCACCACGAUCAGCAAGAGUCCCAGCGCCCAGCCCGUGACGGUGGUGAAGCGCGGCAGCUCCGAGGACCAGAGCAUCGAGAAGCUCUUUGGUCAGUUUUCGGACGAGAUGCUGGUCCACGUGGAGUUCGACUCGAACGACGAGCUGGUGGGCAUCACACCCACAGUGGCCGUAGUCCCAGCCAGCCCCUCGGAGGAACGGGAUUGCUUGGACAAGCUGGAGUCCCUGGAGCGGGAUGAGGAGCCAACGCUGGAGCUGAACAGAUUCCAGACAGAUGAUACGGUCCACCCCGAUGUGGUCGACGGCAGCCAUUUCCCAACGCGACCGCAGCGCCGAGCCAAGAGCAGCUCCUCCUCCAGUGAACCAUCGCUGUCGGCAGCCCCCCAGCGGCUGCUCGCGAAGCUAGAUCCCGAGGAUAUGGCGCCCUCGGUGCAGGAUUUGCUGCAGCAGGUGUAUGCGAAGCCCCAGGACUCGGAGGAGCAGGGGAAACCAUUGAGAUUCCCCAGUCUGGUGAUCGAUGAAGAUCUAGUGGACUCUGCAGGGGAACAGAAAGAAGUAGAGAUGGAAGUGGAGCCUCCAGUCGCUGCUCAGGCAGUCGGCAAACCUCAGAGCACCAGCUCUUCCCGCAGCAGCCUCCUCGAAGUGGCGCCCAAAGCGUCCAAGGUGCCGUCUCGCAAGGAGAGCAAGGAGAACUCCCUCGACUGGGACAUGGAAAGGCUGCCAGCCUCGCCCAUGCCCCGUCGUCGGCUGCCGCAGAAUCAGGCAGCGGCCAGCAAGGAGAGCUCCCUGGAGUGGGACAUGGAGAAGCUGCCCAACAGUCCCAUGCCGCCACGACGCAACAAAGUACGCCAGCCCUCGCCCAGCAGCUCCGUCCAACUACUCAACAAUCUGCCCUCUGAUGGGGACGAGGAGGUGGCCCAGCGAAGGCUCAUCGAGGACUUUGAGCGGGAGCGUCGCCAGGCCUUGAUCAGGCGCGACGAGAGCUUCGAGGCGACGGCCGCCGAGCAGCGCAGACGCGACUCCCUCCAGAGCAGCAACAGCAACAGCAAUUCCAGCAGCAAGCGGAGCCUGCCGCCACCCACGCCUCCCGUCCAGAGGAGCAGCCUGGCCCGGCGGGGGGACACGGCCCGGACGGAGACCAAGCACGAGGGCACGCCGCCCAUGUUCAAAAAGUUGGAGCUGGACAGCGACAGCUGCUCGCUGGCAACGCCGCUGGACUCCACGACCACCUGCUCGACGCGACGCAGCUCGUUUGCAUUUAUAGAGUUACAGGACAACAAGCCGGUGAUCGUGCCGAUGCCCAGGAAGCUGAAGCUGCCAAAGCUGGAGCAGCCUAGGUUCGUGCCCGAGCCGGUGGCCGUGGACGAGCCCGUGCCGGAAGUGUUCCAGGGCCGGGCCUGGCCCAAGGUGCAGAUCGAGGGAGUGCCCGCCAGUCUGGACAGCGAUCCCGAGGAGGAAGAGGCGGAGAAGCUGCUGCCCGAGUACGCCCGCUCCGACUCGCCCCCAGCGGCGGCCUUCAAGAACCGCAAGUGGCCCGAUGGCAAGACGAUCUUUGACCAGAAUCAGGCAGCCCUGCAGCCAGACGAGGAAGAUGAUGAUGAGGCUAUAAUGAGCCGAUACUUGGAGGCCAGGCGUCGGGUGUCCAAGCACAAGCCGCGCUCCCAGUCGCCGCAGCCCUUCAAGCCGCUCGCCGUCAGCUCCAGGCAGAGCUCCAAGUCGUACAGUGACCUCAAGAAGGGCCCAUCCCUGCAGUCGCUGCAGUCGGCCCGCUCCAGCCAGGACACGGACACGACGCACUCCACGGCCACGACAGUGGCCACGACGCGGCCCGUCAGUUCCUACGUGAACUACGACGAGCCGGUGGACGCCAGCACGCGGGCCCUGCUCGAUCGCAGCAAGCGGCUGCACAACCGCAAGCGGGAGUUCGUCAACGAGCGGGUGGUGGAGCGGAAUCCCUACAUGCGGGAGGUCAUACGCAGCACGGACCUGCACCGGGCCGGAUCGGAUGAGGAUCUGGCCAGCUACAGGCCGCGUCACUACGCCAGCACCAGUCGCUUCCCCAGCACCGCGAUGCGCAGCAAUUACUCAGACUACCUCAGUCCCAGCGGCGGCACCAGCACCGGCGACUACCUCAGCGGCCACAAGAGACCCUACUCAACGCUGGGCCUCACCACGGCCAGCAGCUACUACCCCAGCACAUCUGUGUCCACAUCUACCACGGCCACACCGCGCAGCUCCCAUUUGAGUGAUCUUUUCAAGCCUCGACGACACAGUCCCGCCUCCAGCUAUGGACGCAGCAGCGAUUAUGGCCUCCUGCCCGUCAGCAAAGAGUCGUGCGUACAAACCGAAUCCGAGAGCACGUCCCCCGACGAGAUUGAGCUCAAUUCUGCCACUGAAAUAUCCACCGAUUCCGAGUUCGAUAACGAUGAGAUCACACGCCAGACGGCGCCCAAAAUCUUUAUCGAUGACACCCAUCUAAGAAAGCCCACAAAAGUCCAGAUCAAGUCCACCAUGAUCACACCCAAUGCUGCUGCUGCUGGCGUGGCCUCCACCGGAUUGCAUGAGAAACAACUGGCGGCCCGCGAGAAGGGCGGCAGCUAUCUGAAGAAAUACCAGCCCCAACCGCCGCUGCCGCAGUUCAAGCCCCUGGUCCAAGUGGAUCCCACACUGCUGAUCGGCAGUCAGCGGGCUGCUGCCACACCGCUCCAAAAUCCCCGUCCCGGCGACUAUCUGCUGAACAAAACGGCCAGCACCGAGGGCAUUGCCUCGAAGAAGAGCCUCGAGCUGAAGAAGCGCUACCUGCUGGGCGAGCCGGCCAAUGGCAAUAAGAUCCAGAAGUCCGGCUCCACCUCGGUGCUGGACUCGCGCAUCCGCAGCUUCCAGUCGAACAUAUCCGAGUGCCAGAAGCUGUUGAAUCCCAGCAGCGACAUCAGCGCCGGAAUGAAGAGCUUCCUGGACCGCACCAAGCUGGGCGAGGGCCAGGCCAAUGAUCUGAUGCGUUCGGCCACCAGCAAUGUGAUCAACGAUCUGCGAGUGGAGCUCAAGAUACAGAAGGCGCCGUCGCCGUCCAGCAACUCCACGGACAAUGAAAAGGAGAAUGUCUUUGUCAACUGCAAGAACGAGCUGAACAAGGGCAUGGAGUACACGGAUGCCGUGAAUGCCACGCUCUUGGACCAGCUCAAUCGCAAGAGCUCCCCCACCACGCCCACGAACAACCAAAACAACAAGACUGUGAUCGAGGUGAUUGAUCUAGUGACGCCCGAGAAGAAGCCACUGGAGAUUAUUGAUCUGACGCUGGAGACACCAAAGAAACCGAAGAUCGAAGGCCCCGACAGCAACAAGCUGAGCGAGAAGCAGCUGCAGCAGGAGGAGAAGCAGGAGCAGAAGCUGGAGGAGGAUGUGGCCAAACCCGAUGUCUCCAAGGAUGUAAAAGAGUGCAUACCCGACAUACUGGGCGACAUAAAGGCCGGCGUCAAGCAGGGAACGAAGGCAACGGGCACAGAAGAGCAGCAAAGCCUGCUGUCGGAUGAGGAGAAGCGGGACUCCCCCGAGAAGGAGGAGCACGACGAGCAAGACACUGUCCAGAUACAGGUGCCGAAUAUACCCUGGACCAAGCCGAAACUGGAGCCCAUGUCGACAACCGGCAGCAGUGGCGGCACCAGCUGCUCCAGUUCGUCGAACACCUCCAGCAUCGAGGACAUACAGCACUACAUACUGGAGUCGACCACGAGUCCCGACACCCAGACGGCGGGGGGCGGUGGUGGCAAGCAUAACGUGCCGCGCCUCGAGGUGCACGACACGAGCGGCGCCCUGAUGCAGGUCGACAGUCUGAUGAUUGUCAAUGGCAAGUAUAUUGGCGAUCCGGAGGAUGUCAAGUAUUUGGACAUGCCCGCCGAUGUGAUUGUGCCGCCAGCAGCGGCCUUGCGCACCAACGAACUGGAGGAGCCAGAGGAUGAUCACGAUGUGGAUGUGGAGCCGGUGACGGCCACGCCAGAGCCAGCCGAGUGCACAGUCAUCGAGGCAGAGCGCCUCAGCACGGUCAAGGCUCCUCCUCCGCUGCCUGAGAUGGGACCACCGAAGCUCCGGUUCGAUAGCAAAAACGAGAACAAAAUCGAGAGUCUCAAGAACCUGCCGCUGAUCGUGGAGCGCACGGCGGAGCACAGUCAGGCCGUGAAGCCGAUCACCCUCAAUCUGAGCAGUGCAGCAGCCAGGACUCCCGACACCCCGACCACGCCCACGGCCCAUGACAGCGACAAGACGCCCACCGGGGAGAUGCUGUCGCGGGGCUCCGACUCGGAGACAGAGCAUACGGGCACGGGCACGGGUACGGGCCAGGUGCUGACGGAGACAGAGCUCUCCGACUGGACGGCCGACGACUGCAUUUCGGAGAACUUUGUGGACAUGGAAUUCGUGCUCAAUUCGAACAAGGGAACGAUGAAGCGGCGCAAGGAGCGCAGGCGUGGGGGGGCCGCCUCGAGGCUGCCCAGCGGCAGCCAGGUUAUCCAUGAAUUGGCGAGGCAGGCGCAGGCGCCGGUGGUGGAAAUGGAGGGCAUACUGAGUGCCAUCGAUAUCGAUGACAUCGAGUUCAUGGACACGGGCUCCGAGGGCUCCUGCGCCGAGGCCUAUUCGGCCACGAACACGGCCCUGCUGCAGAAUCGUGGCUACAUGGAGUACAUCGAGACGGAGCCGAAGAGAGUGCCGCUGAAGCCAAGCCAGGCCCAGCCUCCGCUCCCAGGCACUGGCUUUGUCGCCUUGCCGGCGCUUGUGACCAAGCGGGAUGAGAAGCUGGGAAUUGACUACAUCGAGCAGGGGGCGUACAUCAUGCACGACGAUGCCAAGACGCCGGUGAACGAGCAGCUGCCAGCCGCCAUGACCCAAUCCCUGACCGAUUCGAGCACCUUGAACGAUCUGGACGACGACAGCAUGGCCGGCCAGACGAUGCCGACUACAACGGAGGAGAGUGAGGCUCUCACGGUGGUCACCAGUCCGCUGGACACCUCCUCGCCGCGAAUGCUCGAUCAGUUUGCCAGCAUGUUGGCCUCGGGCAAGGCCGACUCCACGCCCAGCAGCUCCGAGCAGCUGCCAAAGACGUCCACGGUGACGACCAGCAGCAGCAGCGCAGCCAACAGCUCGACACCGGGUGGCCAUGAGUCCAAAGAAGCCGCCGCUGCCGCCGCCGCUCCCACGGAUGAGGAUCUGCAGAUCCAGUUCGAGUACGUGCGAGCCCUGCAGCACCGGAUCUCGCAGAUAAGCACGCAGCGCCGCAAGAGCUCCAAGGGGGAGGCGGCUAGCACAACUGUGAUAGAAUCGGCCGAGGCCCAGCUUCAGGCCCAGCCCCAGCAGCCGCCAGACAGCCCGGAGACGUCAGCGAUGCGUCCCAGAAGCAGCAGCAGCUCCAGCAAAGUUCCCGAGAUACCGACGCUCAGCAGCAAGCUGGAGGAGAUCACCAAAGAGCGCACCAAGCAGAAGGAUCUCAUCCACGACCUCGUCAUGGACAAGCUGCAGUCGAAGAAGCAGCUCAAUGCCGAGAAGCGACUGCACAGGAGCCGCCAGCGCAGCCUCCUCACCAGCGGCUAUGCCAGCGGCGCCAGUCUGAGUCCCACGCCCAAGCUGGCGGCUGCCGCCAGCCCCCAGGACUCGAACUGCUCCAGUCAGGCGCACUACCAUGCCUCCUCCGCCACUGCCGAGGAGAAGCCAUCAAUCGCAGCAAUCGCCCCUCCCCCAGUCCCCAGCAAUCCCUUGCAGAAAUCGGCCACGGCCAGCUAUGUCUCCCCUUACCGCACUGUCCAGCCGCCCACACGUAGCGCCGAUCUCUUCAAGCCGCCGCGUCCCUUCAGCGAGCACAUCGAUGCGCAUGCCCUCGAGGCCGGCUACAAGCUGAACAAGACGGCCUCCUUCAACAGCGGAUCGGGAAGGGGGCUCGGCGAUUUUGUGACCCCCAUUGCGCCAGCACGUUCGAAUCGCGGUGGCGGAGGAGUCGGCGCUGGAGUCGGAGUCGUUGCCUCCGUGGAUGUAAUGAAUAUAUCUGUCUCAACGGAGAACCUGAGGAGCGAGGCCCGGGCCAGGGCGCGGCUCAAGUCGAACUCGGAUCUCGGUCUGAGUCCAGAGGAAAAGUUGCAGCUGUUGCGUAAACGUCUCCACUAUGACCAUCCCAGGCCCCUCAAGCCCAAGCAGCAACUGGAGGAGCCUCUGUCCGUUGAUCUGGCGGCUCGUGCCCGCAAAAUGAGUGCCUCGAAGAGCGUCAACGAUCUGGCGUACAUGGUCAACAGCCAGCAGCAGCAGGUGGGCCACUCGGGCCUGGACAAAGAUGCCGCGGCCCAGGCCAAGGCAGCGGACUUCACAUCCGACCCGAAUCUGGCGGCCAGCAGCGGCGUUCAGGAGAAGGCAAUGAAGACAAAGACCGGCAGGCAAAAGGAUCCCGAGCGACGUAAGAGUCUCAUACAGUCGCUGUCCAGCUUCUUCCAGAAAGGCAGUCAUUCGCAUUCUGCAUCUGCAUCAGCGUCCGCGUCCGCAUCCACCAGUCCCAAAGAGCAGGGCGUCCCUGUGGCUGCCAGCCACUCUGAACAGUCAGAGCGUCCCGGCACCAGCAGCAGUGGCACGCCCACCAUCUCUGAUGGAGGAGGUAACAGUGGCGGAGGCGGCGGCGUCUUCAGUCGCUUCCGUAUCUCCCCAAAAUCAAAGGAGAAGUCAAAGUCUUGCUUUGAUCUGAGGAAUUUCGGUUUUGGUGACAAGGAUGUGCUCAUCGGCCAUGCCACAAGCAGCACAAAUGCAGCAACAGCAGCAGCAGCCACUGCCACAAGAUCACAGACAAAUCACUCGCAAGAUUAUCUAAACACCACAACAACAACAGCCACAACAACAACAGCAACAAACAACAGUCGCUACCGAAAGCAAACGAACACUGCGAAACCGAAAAUCGAAACGUUCUCAUCAUCCAGUCCGCAGCUCUACAUACACAAGCCCCACCACCAUCUGGCCGCAGCGAAUGCCCUGGACGACCAGACACCGCCACCCAUACCGCCAUUGCCACUGAAUUAUCAAAGAUCCGAUGAUGAGAGCUACGCUAACGAGACACGAGAGCAUAAGAAGCAACGUGCCAUAUCGAAGGCUUCACGACAGGCUGAGCUCAAGCGACUGCGAAUCGCUCAAGAAAUACAGCGCGAACAGGAGGAGAUUGAGGUGCAGCUAAAGGACUUGGAGGGACGCGGCGUACUCAUCGAGAAGGCCCUAAGGGGCGAGGCGCAGAACUUUGAAAACCUGGAUACAUCAAAGGAUAACGAUGAAAAACUACUUAAAGAACUAUUGGAGAUUUGGCGGAACAUCACAGCACUCAAGAAACGCGAUGAGGAACUGACUAUAAGACAACAGGAACUGCAGCUGGAGUAUCGGCAUGCCCAGCUCAAGGAAGAGCUCAAUCUGCGCCUGUCUUGCAACAAACUAGACAAGAGCUCCGCCGAUGUAGCCGCCGAGGGAGCAAUACUCAAUGAGAUGCUGGAAAUUGUGGCAAAACGCGCGGCACUCCGACCAACAGCCUCACAGCUAGACCUUACUGCAGCGGGUAUUGCAUCGACCUCAACCGAGGCGGCGGGCAUAAAACUGACCGGCCAACCGCACGACCAUGAAGAAUCGAAUAUAUGAAAAACAAACUUUCCCUGGAGUUUGGUGGCUGGGCAAAGGCAAGGACUUUUGAGCCGAAUUACUUAAUAAGAAACAAGAGAAAAACGUACCAAAAAGUCAGCUGAACAUUUACACCUACAAUUAAACCGAUACUAAACCGCAUACGAUAUAACGGGAAAAGAAACGAAACGAGCAAAAACCUAUUCAGAGUGAUCAAGCUGGCAGAGAAACAAUUUCAAUAUACAAUAUACAUACUAUAUUUACAAUAAGUAGAAGGAGUAAAGAAUUUCAGUGAAGAGAAGCGCGCAAGCUCAAUGUAAAAACAAACAAAAAAAUGAAGAGAACAAACAAAAUCAA